AUGGAGGAAGCUGUGCAGUGUCAGUCACCAGCCAUAAUUAGGGAUCUUUAUGCAACUCUCAUAUCAUCUUGCGGGCUAUUUAAUGCACAUGAAUUGUGGGACAAAUAUAAAGAGUACAAGGCGGAAGAUAUUUUGCGAAGAUUACAGCAGACACACGCGAACAUGACAUGCAAUGAACACAUUUAUAAUGAAGCACUUGGAAAAAUUGAAGAUAAAGUAAUGGCAAUGGUAGGCAAAACAUUAUGCGACUUUGGAAUGAUAAGCCCUCAGCAAACAACCGAAAAUGAACUAAGUGAUGAAAUUAUACGUGAAACAAACUACGAUAUACCAGCUUUGCAGCAGCAAGUAGCCGAAUUUGUACCCCGCUUGUUUCCCGAACAAAAACGAGUUUUUGACAAAGUAUUAGAACAAAUUGAAUCUGGAAAUGGUGCACUUUUCUUUUAG